UGGGCGGUGACUGUGUCAACGUGACCGUCGUCAGUAACGCUGGAGCGGCUGAGAGAGCAGCGCGACGCUUGGUGCUCCAGUCUGGUCCCGGGCGGGGAGCGAACGGAAGCCUAUAUCCUGCGACCGUGAAGAUGGGACUACGUCUCCGGACGACUGCUCGGUCUGUGCCCGAAGACGUUGCGUUUCGUUCAGGUUCAACUUGCCGUGUUGUGUUCCGACGCUAGCCUAGCUUAGCGCCGACAGUGUCAGACACAGGUGCGGGAGACGAGAGAGGUGGGCUCGGUGACAAAGGAAGGUGGCGACGGGACGAUGAACCGCUUCCGAAAGUGGCUGUACAAGCCCAAGAGGACGGACCCACAGCUUCUGGCGCAGUUCUACUACGCGGACGAGGAGUUGAACCAGGUGGCCACGGAACUGGACAGUCUGGACGGCCGGAAAGACCCUCAAAGAUGCACGCUGCUGGUCAACCAGUUCCGCUCUUGCCAGGACAACGUGUUGAACAUCAUAAACCAGAUCAUGGACGAAUGUAUCCCGGGCAACCGAGCCAACAGAGACUUCUGCGUCAAGUUCCCCGAGGAGAUUCGUCAUGACAACUUGGCAGGGCAGCUGUGGUUCGGAGCCGAGUGUCUGGCGGCCGGCUCCAUCAUCAUGAACCGCGAGAUCGAGAGCAUCGCCAUGAGACCUCUGGCCAAAGACCUCACACGUAGCCUGGAGGAAGUGCGCAACAUCACCCGAGACCAGGCCCUGAGGGACCUCAACCUCUACACCGACCGAAUGAAGGAAGCACUGCGACACUUCGACGGCCUUUUUGCAGAGUUUGAACUCAGCUAUGUGUCCGCCAUGGUGCCUGUCAAGUCUCCCAAAGAAUAUUACGUCCAGCAGGAGGUGAUCGUUCUCUUCUGUGAGACAGUGGAGAGGGCGCUGAAGCUCGGCUACCUCACUCAAGACAUGAUCGACGACUACGAACCUGCACUAAUGUUUACAAUUCCUCGACUUGCCAUCGUCUGCGGACUGGUGGUCUACGGGGAGGGGCCCCUGAAUCUGGACAGGAAGUUUGAGGACAUGUCUGAGCUCUUCCGGCCCUUUCGAACCUUGUUGAAGAAGAUCAGAGACCUGCUGCAGACUCUGACCGAGGAGGAGCUGAUCACGCUGGAGAGGAGCUUGUGUAUCACUCAGGAUGGAGACUUACCGGCCGGGCCAAGUCUGUCCACGACACCAGGGCCAGAACUUGGGUCGUCCAGCAGCCAGAGUGACGAUGCCUCCUCAGUAGAGAGCGAGCGCAUGGUGGAAGAUCAGGUGGCCGAGGUGGAGAAGGGGUGGGAGGAGGUGGAGCCGGAGCAGGAGGAGCAGGACCUGCUGUGCGAGGAGGCGGAGGAAGCGGAGCUGGCCUGCUCCAUGCAGUACGACGAGGAGGAGCUGGAGCAGCUCAACAUGAUGGUGUACCGGGUGGGAGAUGAGAUGUCCACCCUGUUGUCGCCCCCCAGUGUGGGUCAGUCGCCAGCUCGUCGCUUGAAUAGGAAGGAGGUGGGAGGAGCCAGUGGGGCCUCCAGCUGCGAGGUGUCUCCUCUCAGGCAGCCGACGGGCCCGGGCAGGACCGGGGUGUAUGUGGAAGAGGAGGACCGUGUCUUCUUCAUGGAGGACCUGGAUGCAGCAGGAGAGGCCGCACGCGAUGCCUGCAGGUGCAGCAGUUCACCCGCCAAAGAAUCUGGUUCAGUUAAAACAGCGCUGAGAAACGGCUGGGGCCCUGAGGCCCCCACAGCGGACUCACCGUGCUUGCAGCCCCGGCGCCACAACGCCCGCUGUCUUAACGGUCCUGAGGCACUCUCGUACACCAACGGGUGGGAGGUGGGUCUGGAGGGCUCUGCCGCAGAGACCGCCGAAGUCAUCGCUCACCGCAUGGGAGGGAUGAAGCUGUCAGCCACCGUCAUCUUCAACCCACGCUCCCCCAGCCUCACCGAGCUGGCAGUGGACAAGCUGCUGCUGCCGCGGCCCGCCCCGUCCGAGGUGGAGCCUUGCGGCCCUCUGGUGGCCACUCACUGCCUGCUCAACUCCUGUGUGUGCUGCGGCACCUGCGACGAUGCCCACGACGACAUUAUCGCCACGGAGACCAGCGGCCUGGCGAGUCUGGCUCUUGGCCUGGACAAGCGUUCAGAACCAAACGCUGUUAUCCAGUCCUCAGCCAGACAGCUGCCUCCACAUGAGGCCUUCGGUAAAGGACAGCUCCCCCGUCUGUCCCCGCGCUGCUCUGGAGAACCAGCCGGUGGGGAGGGCCACUCUCAGCUGUGUGAGAAGUGCCUGGUGAUGACCCAGUGGCCAGGACGCCCCACUCUGGACCGCAGCCGAGGAGACGGAGUGUCGGCCUGUGGCCACCAGCAGAGGGCAGAGAAGAGGCCACCGCUCAAGGAACUGGACAAGCAGGCUGGUAAAGAGUCCAGACAGGAGACCAAAGAGGAAAGCAGGAGGAGCUCCAGUUUCCAGAACUCCCCGUUGAGCUCUGUGUCUGGCAGUGACUGCGACAGCGUGUCGGUCACCACCUGUAGCCUGACCAGCAGCGCCUACAGUCCCAGCCCCCUCAGCAGUCUCACUCCCAGCUCGGGGAUGUCCGAAGACCCGGAUCACCACGAGAUCCAGCUCGCCUUGCAGGACGCCAAGAUUGCCGCCAGGAACAAGAUCCGCUCGCGCUUCCACAGCAGCAGCGACCUUAUCCACCGUCUCUUUGUCUGCAUAUCAGGUGUUGCAGACCAGCUGCAGACCAAUUACGCCAGCGACCUGCGCAGCAUCCUGAAGACUCUGUUUGAGGUCAUGGCCACCAAGUGUGACCAGGCAGAGAAGGACAAGGAGAAGAAGAGCCCAGUCGUGCUCAGCUCGGUCCUGGAGGAUUGCGCCCUCUGUCAGGAGACGGUUUCGUCGUCAGAAUUGGCAGCUAAAGCUCGAGAGGGUCAGUUCGAAGAUCCUCCCGACUGGGUCCCAGACGAAGCCUGCAGCUGCUGCACCACCUGCAAGGCUCCGUUCACCGUCAUCCGCCGGAAGCAUCACUGUCGGAGCUGCGGGAAGAUCUUCUGCUCGCGCUGCUCCUCGCACUCUGCGCCGCUGCCGCGCUACGGUCAGGUGAAGCCGGUCCGGGUCUGCACUCACUGCUACAUGUUCCACGUCACACCGUUCUACAGCGAUAAAGCCGGAGUCUGACCCACGCCCCUUCACCGGGUCACCAGCAACACCACUGAGCGAGAGAGAGAGAGACACCAGAACAGAGUGGCGGGCAUCUCCGACGCCAGUCUGAGCCACUAUUGUGUCUCUCCGAACGAAAGACUUGUGUGAUGUUCCUGCAUCAGCGAGCUUCCUAAUCUUGUGCCAGAACUCCUGCUGGAGUCGGACUACUGACCUGAAUGUAAGUGACCUGUAAAUACCAGCCGCUGUCUUCUGCGGGGGGUCAGAAGUCACCCGGGUUCCGACCCCCUCUCGCUCCCCCCCCGCUUCUACUGAAUGUUACACUUCAGGCGACAACUUUGUUCACACAUCAGCAAUAAUCUCAUCCACCCAUCCCUCUCACCUUCGCAUGACCUCAUCUGUUAGCCCUCACAAGCUCCACCCCUCAAGGUCGCAAUGUGGACGACCUUUGACUUCAGAUGAUGAAUUGUCUGUUGACUGACUUGACACUUGCACACGUCGACCAUGAUGAGACGUUAAAAUCACACACUGACAGCCUCUGCUUUAACUGUGCGCACACACCGUUGUUGACACUAGAACACAGCAACGCUACACCUCGACCACACUACAGCACAACACACAGUACGGUAACACUGUUUAGCUGAGACACACGCAGUUCAACCACAUGCAGUCACACAACUGUACCAUAAAACACCUCGAUCCAGUUCUUGACCUCGAACACCUGUAGGCUUCUGAAUGUGACGCUUCAUCUCCGAGCCCUGUUGACCAUGCCAGUCGUAAUGAAAGGGACACUGCCGUCGCACAGAGUCGCGCCACUCACCCUGGCGUGACAUCUACGUCAUCCACUUCACUCACACCCAGAGGCCUUUCCCGGUGCCGACUGCGGAUGAUCGGCCGCCACAGUCCUCCUCUUCCUCACUCGCUCAUGUGAACGGAGGUUUUCAGACCUGAACUGCGGGGAGAACUUUUUAUCGCUCCACCCCCGUUUCCAUGACAACUGCAGCAGCAACAAUGUAAAACCUGCUUUGACAAGCAGCUUCUCAGGCAUCCCAUCAUCACUUUAUCUUCACAAGCAGAUGGUGUUUUCUUUUAUAAAGAACAGACAAAUGAAGCUAUUUUGUUUUGUCAGACUCAUGCAGUAACCAGAGAUCUUAACUGUUUCUUAUUUUUUAGACAGCACAUUUGCUUCCAUGACGAUGUUCAAAGAACGAUGUUGUAUAGUUUUAAAUGACGUGCAUUUGAAAUUGAAAUAAAUUAACAUUUCCUGGUUGAA